AAUAUAAAAAAAUGGCAGCAUCAUCAUCUCAUCUCUUCUUCGCACUCCCUUCGUCGCGUCUCCAUUCACCUUCUCCAGCUGCACCAAACCGGAACCGAGUUCGUGUUCUUGCUAAACCAGUCAAAACAAGCUCAGCAGAGUUCCAAAAGAGUAAUGUGAAGAGGAGUGUCAUGGACAUUGUUCAUCCUCACACAUCACAGAAACACCAAGAUGUCGUGGCAAUGAUCGGGCUAGAUGCAAUGAAAAGAGCAAACUCUACACUUGAGGAUUUCUUCAGGUCUUAUUCCUUGUUCCAUGGGUUGGAUAUUAACGAAGCACAGUCAAUAUUCAGAUAUUUACCCGUGCUUUCCUUCAUAGAGAGUUACAUAUAUCAGAUUGAUGUUCUUAAUGAGAAGAUGAUAGCUUCAAUUGAUGGAUGGACUGUUGAAUCACGAGUUUUGUUUGAAGAUCCACUGAAGCCUCUUGAAGAUCUGCUUGAACGUGAGGGUCUUUUGACACAAAGAAUACAACAAGAGUUCAAGUUAGGUGAAGAGUAUUGGGCGUUAGAAAGAAAGAUUUGUCAUGCUCAUUCAAACAAAGACAAGAUUUGUCUAGAAGAUGUGAUGAGAGCAAUUCAUUUGAAGUCUUUUGAUUACCGGGUGUUGAAUCUUCUACUAUACAAGUUGAGAGGAGAGAGGGUGAAUGAGUUGCAUAUGGACUUCUCGUCAGUAUCAGAAUUCCUGGUGGAAAUAGCAGAUGAUCUGUUCGAUUACGAGGACGAUGUGCUUGAGAACAAUUUCAAUGUAUUACGUAUGUUUGUGGGAAUGUUCGGCGCAUCGAAUGCCCCCACUGAACUGGCGAAGCAGAUAUCAAAAUUGGAAGAGAAGUAUGAAGAGAAAAAAAAAUCCUUGGAUCCACAUUUGUCUUCAAAGUACCAAAGAAGCUGUGAAGAAUCUACUAAAGCAGGUGGGAAAAUAUCUGGUAAUUCGGUGGGAACAUGGAAUAUACCGGCGGUUAUCUCCGACGAAGAAGCAUACCGAGCUGCUGCUCAACUUUCUCUUUCAAUUAUUGUAAGGCUUCUAUAA